UAAGGGUGAACGUCAUCAAAAUCAUAAGAAGAUACGAUGACACAUAUAGCUACUGAAAAUCUUUCUAUAGUUACACACAGGCGCGCGUGCCCACACACACACACACACAUUCCAUGCGUACCGAAUAUAAGUAUGGCGACCGAAGAACACAAACGAUUAGCUAAUGUUGUUAAACAAAUUCAUGCUUUAUUACGAAAAGAAUGCGAAGAAUAUGGUGCAGAAAUAGCAUGGCAAAAACAUGUAAGCCGUAACGACGUUUUACAGAAAUAUGUUAUGUCGAUGAAGGAUCUUGCAACUACGCAUUGGAAAGGCAAUAAUACAGAUUCUUUAAGUGGAACUUAUUGUAGAAUAGAAUGGAUCAAAACUCAAUGUAAAGAAUAUUUUUUCAAUGGUGGCAAAAAAAAAUAUUCUAAUAGGGAAUUUAGUAUAAAAGGAAAAAUGGGUGAAUUGUUGAUAUUAAAUGGUAAUAAUAUAGAGGAACAAAAUAUGUUGGUCUCCAAACAUAAUUAUUAUAACGAUAAGGAAUUGUUAAAUGAAGGAGAACAAACAUUUCAAAAGAUUUCAGUAUUAGACGUAGGAAGUUGUUAUAAUCCUUUUGAAAUGGAAGAUAUGUUCAAAGUAACGGCAAUAGAUUUGGUAGCUGUUCAACCUAACGUUUUACAGUGUGAUUUUUUAAGCGUCGAUAUAGGAAGAGAACAAAUCCUAUCUGCAGAUAAAAAACAAAUUUUACAAUUACGCGAAGAAUCAUUUGAUGUUGUUGUAUUUUCUUUAUUGUUAGAAUAUAUGCCAUGUCCAAAACAAAGAUAUCUUUGCUGUAGCAAAGCAUAUAAUUUAUUGAAGAAAAAUGGUAUAUUAUUUAUUAUUAGUCCUGAUUCGAAACAUGUCGGUGCAAAUGCUAAGUUAAUAAAAUCAUGGAGAUAUGUUUUAUCCAAGUUGGGUUUUAUGAGAAUUAAAUAUGAAAAAUUGCGACAUAUACAUUGCUUGAUAUUUAGAAAAUGUAUUUACAAAGAAGUGGCACUGAGGUGGGCAAACAUGCAAACUUUUUCAGAGAGCAACAUAUUGUGUCAAAGCGAAGAUAAGAUUUUUAUUCCUCAAGAUUUUAAAACUGUUGACGAUAAACAUAAUAAUGAGAGUAGUAAUCAUGACAUACAUGAUUUACUUUGUUCCUUCAAUGAAUUACCUUUUGCUGAAUUAUAACAUUAUUUCUACAUAAGAUUUUUUACUUUAAUUAUUAUUAUAUUAUACAUG